AUGCCCGACAAGUCGGACAACCCCAUGAGGCAGAUCAAGGUGGAGAAGCUGACCCUGAACAUCCCCGUCGGGGAGAGCGGUGACAGGCUCACGCGCGCGGCCAAGGUCCUGGAGCAGCUGACGGAGCAGCAGCCCGUUUUUUCCAAGUGCCGCAUGACCAUCCGGUCCUUCGGCGUGAGGCGCAACGAGAAGAUCGCAUGCCACGUGACCGUUCGGGGUGAGAAGGCGGAGGAGAUCCUGGAGAAGGGCCUCAAGGUCAAGGAGUACGAGCUGGUUAAGAGGAACUUCGCGAAGAACGGCAGCUUCGGCUUCGGCAUCACGGAUUGUUCCUUCUUCUAA